AUGGCCACGAACACUGGAAAGGAGACCAAAGGGGUCCCAGGAGAUCCCUUAACUACAAAAAGCCAUGUGCUCGAAACCGGUGCAUCCAUGGUCCAAAAUUUCACCCCUGUGAAGCAGAUCUGCGCCCAUCUGAACGCAUUCCACGUCUACGCCAACGACCCGUCACGUUGCGUCGAGGCUAAUCACUACUGCACACACUUGACAGAAGGUACAGCAGAGAUCACAGCCGACUUAAGGCCUGACGUCCGGCAAUGCCUCAUAUAUGACUCGCCCCAUGCCAACGCUCGUCUCAUCGGCGUAGAAUACAUGGUAUCGCCUCGCCUAUUUGAAACACUCCCAUCUGAAGAGCGCAAGCUGUGGCAUUCCCAUGAAUUUGAGGUCAAGAGCGGUAUGCUCGUUAUGCCUGCACCAGCAGGCGUGCCCAGUGCCGUAUGGGAUACCGCGGAAACGUCUGAAAUGAAAGAUAUCGCCCCAUUAUACGGCAAGACCUUUCACUUCUGGCAGGUUGAUCGGGGAGACGUUGUACCUCUUGGGCUGCCCCAGUUGAUGGGAAGUUUCACGACCCCCGAGAGCGUGAAAUCAGCCCACCCUGGCGGUUUGGACGGUUUACUCCAGGAUAGGAAUGAGAGGUUUGGUGUGGAUCAUCGGCAGAAAGCGAAGAACAGGGAGGGAAUUGCACCUGUUGAGAAGCAUCCUGACGAUGUGGCUGCAAUCGCUAACGAUCUCUAG